CGGACGACGACACCCUCCACUGCUACCGUACCUCAGUCAGCGCUGUCGCGGUGCGCACUCGCCAGCUCCACUGCCACCAGCUCAAGCUGGCUAGGAGUCGUCUCCGUGCUCACCCACAAAGAAAACGCCCACCCUCAACGCAACGCUGCCAGUGACACCGACCUCUCACUCACCUGCGCGCCUGAGCCCGAGUCGCACAGCAGGCCCAGCCGGCGCCAGCGAUACCACCGCGGGCGCAUACGCGCAGAAUAGCGGCCUUUGUUCUGUGACAGCCGUCAGUCAUUGUCUCGCGCCUAGCUGCAAUCUCCCGUCCAUUGAGGCACUGUGGUCUGGCAAUAGCAACGGCGGAAGUGCCACUGCAUGUAGCCUGCUUCACCUCCUGCACGCCUGGUCUAUCUGCAGCCUGCACACAUACCCCCCCUGGUGCCCUGCCGCCGACAGCUGUCCAGGGCAAUUUUGGGACGACAUAGGCCUCGAUGAUUGAGAUGCCACGGCACCCCAAACCACAAGAGCUGAAGCUCAGCGAGAGAGGAAUACGAGAGAACCGAGUGCAGCCUGGGCCGAAUAGCAGCCCCAUAAACCUGCAGGGGGUCGAUUUGGGUUCUUUUGGAGGCGGCUUUGAACACGACGUGGCGGCAGGACUGACACCUUUGCCCAAAGACCAGCCCAAAUAUCCGCAAUCGCCGCCGGCGUCUCCACGAGCACACAAUCGGGAGUCGUCGAAGAAUUUGCUCAGCAGCUUCAGGAACAAGUUAACAAACGAGCAGGAGGAAAGGAAGCACUCGCGACAAGUGAGAACCGAGAAGGACGAAUACCGACCGGCGACGAGUUCGAUGUCGAAGAUAUACCAUCUGAGGAACAACCCGGGCAGCACGCCUGAGUUGAGCUUGGUGGGAAGUCAAGAGGCAAUAUCAAAGCGAUCUUCCGAAAGCGAAGCCCCAGCAUUACCUGCUAGACCGCAGCCGACACCGAAGCACAGUCAAGACAGUACGAGUUCAAGGACCAGGCCCGAUAGCAAGAAAGAGAACAAGAGUCUUCUUGGUCGUAUGGGAAGGCGAGCGUCCGUAAGGAGGGGCUCAAACGUCACAGGGUCGAGACCAGCGACACUUAACGAAAACGGCGACGACAGUCAAAGUGGUGACGGCAAUCUGCAUGGUAAGAACUCGUUCGAGCAGCAACCGCAGACCGCACCCGUGGAUAACGACUGGCCCGGGUCUGACGCAAGGAUGAAGAGCAAGCACAGAGACGACAAGCGGGGGAAAUCAGAAGAGCGACUGGAGCGAGCAAUGGCUGCGCCCAGCCAAGAGAAUCUGUCGUCUUCUUUCCCCAAAUCCAAGGAUAAGAAAGAGGGGCACGGUUUCAUGAGCGGACUGAAGAAGGCGACAGGUGGCUUUCUCGGACGCACCAAGAGUGAUUCCAAAGCUCACGUACCGGACAGUGAGUACGUGAUCAAGGUCAUCAACCUUCCACUGGUUGAGCAGACUCGUGCCACGCGGAUCAGCAAAGAUUUGGCGUCGUGUCGCGAUAAGACGGAGUAUUGGAUGCCAGCCCUGCCUUGGCGAUGCAUUGACUAUUUGAACACCAACUGCGAAAUGGAAGGAUUGUAUCGAGUUCCUGGUAGUGGACCGCAAGUGAAGCAUUGGCAGCGCCGCUUCGAUCAAGAGCUUGACAUUGAUCUUCUGGACGCCGACAUCAAAGACACCAAUGAGAUCGCAAGUAUGCUCAAGGCCUGGUUCCGCGAACUGCCCACGGAGGUCAUGCCUGCAUCGCGACAGAAGGCAUUGGGUGCACAACUGGAGAAGCAGAACCCGAACUACAGAAACCAAGGCCAAGAAGCGCCACAGUUGCUACGCGAUGCGCUUUCGGAGCUUCCACCCUUCAACUACUACCUGCUGUUCGCUAUCACAUGCCACUUGUCUCUCUUACUGACGAACAAGGACAAAAACAAGAUGGACCUCAACAAUCUGGCGGUGUGCGUUGGGCCUUGCUUGAACCUUGAGCGAUGGCUGUUCAAUUAUCUGGUGGGAGACUGGCGACAUUGCUGGCAAGGAUGCUUCACCGAGAAGGAGUUUCUCAAUGUAGAGAGGCUUGUCGAAGACGGUCAUGAUCCCGAAAAGCUCCAGGGACAGGAGAAGAAGCUCUUCAGCGAUCAGCAGUCGCUCUCUAACAGCUUAUGGUCUAACACACUUGAUGAUGAUGCCUCGGUCGACGAUCGUGCCAUCAGCAGCGGCAGCAGUAACCAGCAAAGUAGCAACUACGACCGCGCAACUUCACACGCUGAUCUGCCCUCUCGCAACAACGGAAACCCAACGACUUAUCUUCCUGCUGGUGCCAACGCAUAUGGCAAUGCCAGUCACGGUCUUGGCAUUGAGCAAGAGAUACAGAGACCUUCCACGUCCCAAGGAAACCCGAACAUGGCCAACACGACUGGCAAGCAGCCACCACCGCCUCUCGUCAGCAAAUCGAGGUCCAACAGCACAACGCCACGAAUGGGCCACCAGCGUAGCCGAAGCGACUUGCCCCCCACCACUCCUAUUAAGACGAAUGCCGACUUUGGCUUUCCUGUCCGUCCUUCGUCGCGAUCAUCCGUUCGCCGAGCAUGAUGAGCCACAAUGCAAGUCACUGCAGUACCUACAACGAACUGGCUGAUGCUUGUCAUUGAUCACCGCGGGAGAUUGGAACUUUGUUUCAUAGCUCCAAGCGUGAUGGCAGCGAUGCCAACUUCGAUACCUUCCAGGCACAGCAUCGACCACGAUGACGGCGGUCCAUAGUUACACCCUUUUUUUCUCUGAUACUCAAUUUGUUGCGCUCGUGGUGGCGAGCGAUAAGAGCGAUGGCGUCGACGAUACCCCUUUGGCCGCGGUUGUAUCAGCGGGAGGUUUUUUUUCACUACUGAACGGGAGCAUAGGCGCUGGGCGCUAGGCGCAGAUGAUGGGGACACGAAAGAUUUUGAUGCGUCUUUUGAGGAUGAGUUGCGAUGCUAGCAUCAAUGCCUACUUACUCCUAAGGUCUUCUCGCAUGUCUCGCUUGUCUCGCUUGAAGAUGUUAGGCUGGGGAGCGCGAACCUACCUCUUUCGUAUGGUGUGUUUUAAGCACGGACUGUGAGGCCACAAGGCCUGUGUACGAUUACAGCGAGAGCGAGAUGAAUUGAGACGUGUCAUGUAAGGC